GGAUCAAUAAAGCAGUAAUCAGAAGCAUUAUCGGCCGCUUUUUUACCCUAAAGAUUAAUUCCAGUUAGACUACUUCAAAGCUGGUCAAUUUUAGAGAGGAAAAAAGUACGGGAAAAUGAUACUGCUGUAAGCAAUGUAAAGGAUUUUCAAAGCAUUGUUCUUGUCCGUGAUCAACUAUGGUCGUCGUUAAAGUCAAUUAGAGUUUAAGCAUUUCAUUUGAAGAACGAAUACAAUUUUCUAUGGAUUAACAGGACGUUCUUCUCUUGGACGAAAUGUGUUGUGACAUAUAGCACAUAUGGGUAUCUAUUUUAAUAUUAUUGUUCACAAUGCAAAGAUGAUGCAGGAAAUAAGCUCUAGGAAAACAUACACACACGUUGUGGGACGCUCGCCAGCUAAGGAACACGUGCCUUCAUGGGUUUACUCCAGAUUCUAAAAAUCAUAAAAAAAAGUUGAAGCUGCUGUGAAAUUCGGCAGUUGUGAAUAGGAUAAAUGAAAUAGCGGGAGCUGAUUGUUUUUCCAAGCUGUUUUGUGGAGGCCUUUGGAGGAUAUAUAUCCCUACUGUUUACUAAUCCUCGCCUUGCCGUUAAAAAGUGCAAAGAAUCCGCCACACGAACAAGAAGGCAAAACUAACGGAAAACAUUUGGAUACGAGAUUUAAUAUAAUUUAAACUUAUGCCAGCGAGAAGAGGGCGCCUAGUGAGAUGAACAUUGUUUGUGAAUUUUAAUGACGCCACAUUGGUGGCUUUUCUGGGAGUUCGUUAGCUCUGUGUGUAGGGGCGAGUCGGAGGGAGGGAGAAGAGCUGUGCACACCGUGUGUUCCGUGUGAAAGUCUUCUCUCUUUCAUUUGGAAAUGCAUAAGCACGGAUGUGUACUAUUUCUGUCAUUUGUGAUAUUCUAUUUAAUCAGUUUCUGUGAAACUCAACAAUACCCGAACACGAUCAGAAUUGAUGGCUUUUUUGAGCCGGAACACAAGAGUGCGGAGCUGGCCUUCAAAUGGACUAUGCAGAAAGUGAACCUUCGGAAUGACAUUCUGAGUCAGGUCCUCGUGGCUUACAUUGUCAAAGAGGUCACCCCGGACGACAGCUUCGACGUCUCCAAGAAAGUUUGUCGAGAAAUUGCUGCCGGGUGUAAGGUCAUUUUUGGACCUGGGUCCCGUGUGUCCUCCAGUCACGUGCAGUCCAUAUGUAAAUUUCUGGCCAUCCCUCACAUCCAGGCGCAUUGGGAUCCCCGUGACGUCAUCACGGAUACCAGAGACCCGGAUAAGGAUCACUUCUCGAUAAACUUGUAUCCACACUACUUGGCUCUGAGCUCCGCUUUCCGGGAUUUGAUUGACUUCUGGCAAUGGAGACAGUUUACAGUUAUCUAUGAGGACAAUGAUGGUUUAAUUCGGCUACAGGAAGUUUUAAAGGCAUCAAAUGUUCCGGAAACUAAAGUUACCGUCCGCAGAAUCAACAACAAUCCGGAAACGUACAUAAGUUUAUUUAAAGAUCUGAAGGAAAAGGGAGAAUACAGGAUAAUAAUAGACUGUCAUGUCUCCAGGGUUGGGAUUAUACUGGAAAAAGCCCUGCAAGUCAAUGCCGCAUCGGAAUAUUUUCACUAUUUGUUCACAACACUUGAUCUCGGUUUGGUUGAUUUGGAGCAAUUUAAGCACGCAGGUGCAAACAUCACUGGCAUGCGAUUGGUGGAUCCUGAGCGCCCCCUGGUGACGGGUGUAACUGGCGAAUGGAAAUACGAGAUGUUCAGCAGCAGUUCAAGGACUUCGCCCCUCGUGGACCAAGCAGGAAUUCCUACGGAGACGGCGCUAAUCUAUGACGCAGUGUACCUGUUUGCACGUGGUCUUGACGGGGUUCAGAAGGCCAAGAACAUGAACUUCCGGCAAAACAUUCAGUGUAACUCAUCCGUGUCUUGGGAGGACGGCCUGAGUCUCCUUAAUUACAUGAAAACGAUGGACUUCGAGGGACUAACUGGAAGGAUCCACUUUGGAAAAUAUGGCGAAAGAAGUGAUUUUACGCUAGACAUAACAAAACUCGACAAAAUGGGACUCAAAAAGAUUGGUACCUGGGAUCCCAAAAAUUUGGUGAAUAUUACUGAGGAUGUCAAGGAAAACACGAAGAAAAUGAGUGACCAGUUAGCCAACAAGACCCUAGUAGUCACUACCGUACUGGACGCACCAUACGUCUUCCAAAAAGUGGAUGAGAAUGGAAUCGUAACUUAUGAAGGUUUCUGUAUAGACCUUCUGAAUGAAAUUUCCCGAAACCUCGGCUUCCGGUACGAGAUCCAAGUGUCUCCCAAAAAUGAGUACGGCAACUGUGAUGAACACGGGGUCUGCAACGGGAUGGUCAAGGAACUCGUGGAGAGGCGAGCUGAUUUGGCUGUAGCGGGUAUGACGAUCACGUACGAGAGAGAGCGAGUGAUAGACUUCACUAAACCGUUCUGGAAUAUCGGAAUCACGAUCUUAUUCCGGAAACCCAAACCAGAACCUCCAGAGUUGUUUUCGUUCUUGUCGCCCUUAGAUACGCAGGUGUGGAUAUACGUCAUUGCUGUGUACCUGUGUGUUAGCUUCAUGAUGUUCGUCAUUGCGCGAUUCACGCCCUAUGAAUGGUGUAAUCCGCACCCGUGUGAUCCCAACACGGACGUGGUGGAGAACCAGUUUUCAGUACUCAACAGUCUCUGGUUUACCAUUGGGGCUUUCAUGCAGCAAGGUUGUGAGAUCGCCCCUCGUGCUGUGUCCACCAGAAUGGUGGCGGGUGUGUGGUGGUUUUUCACUCUCAUUAUCAUCUCCUCGUACACCGCCAACUUAGCGGCAUUCCUUACCAUCGAGAAAAUGGUUUCACCGAUAGAGGGCGCUGAGGAUCUCUCCAAACAGACCAAAAUUAAAUACGGAAGUCUUGGGUCCGGAAGCACAAAGUCAUUCUUUGAGCGUUCCAAAUUUCCCACCUACCAGAGAAUGUGGGGGUUUAUGAAGUCGGCCACGCCCUCUGUGUUUGUGGCCAGUAACAAGGACGGAGAGACACGUGUGCUGGAGGGGGACUACGCCUACUUCGCGGAGUCGUCCACCAUAGAGUACAUGGUGGAGCGGAACUGUGACCUGAUGCAGGUCGGUCAAUGGCUAGAUUCCAAAGGUUAUGGUAUUGGACUUCCUCAGGAUUCGCCAUACAGAGACAAAAUUUCUAGUGUCAUUCUAAAAUUGCAAGAAGAUCAAAUGAUCCAGAAGUUUUACAACACGUGGUGGAAGGAAAAGAAUAAAGACGGAGAGUGUUUAGAUUCCACCCAGAAAAAGACUAACGCCCUCACCAUUAAAAAUGUGGGCGGUAUAUUUGUGGUGCUGAUAGCAGGCACAAUGGCGGGAGCUGUGGUGGCCUUCUUUGAAUUUCUGUGGAAAGCACGGAAAAACGCCAAAGUAGAUAAGCAAUCCCUGUGUUCGGAAAUUGGCGAGGAACUCCGAUUUGCAGUUCGAUGUUUUGACUCUGCUUCCAAACCCGUGCACCGGAAGCCAAGUUAUGACGUCACAGACAAUGGUUUACAGAGCAUGCCUCUGAACAGUUAUAAAAACAAUGGACGUCAGGAUGUAUUCUCGUAGCCAUUAGUGUUUGAAUGUUUUGUGUAAAACCAUAACGUAGACAAUCAUUUACACGAGGAUUUUAUACUUUUUGUUUACUGUGGAAUUUUACACGAAAACAUCAUCUAAAAUGAGUACAUUUAGGUUGUAUGAGAGUUUUGGUUUCGUUGUUUCAUUAUCUACCAAAUUCAUGUACAUGUAUUGCAUUUAUGCAUAAUCAUGUUUAACAAAAGUGAAUGCCAUCAUUACCUGUUUUGUUUGAAAACACCAAUUCUGAAGAAUUAUUACAUGAUUGAAUGUCUAAAGUGCCUUACUAGUUCAUUUGCAUAUAAAACCAUCUAAUUUGUGUGCAAUGUGACAUUCCGAUCUAGAUAUUUAGAAUAUUUUUUUCUUACAAUUUGUCUCAUAAUUUAUACCAUGUAAAUACAUUUUAGUACAUAUACAUACGCCAUCAGAGUUCAUGUAUUUCUCUGUUGAUCUAUUUUGAAUAACUGUACAUUAUUUGUGUCUAUUGUCCAUGAAUUACUAUUAAUGCGACUAUGCACGCAAGUUUACUAGAGAAGUUCUUUUAGAUUAUCAUGCAUAGCUAUGCAUCCUGAAAAUUAUAUAAUACAAAUGCAUGGUUUCCAAAGACAAAUGUUUUAGAUGAAGAAUUUUUUACAUGUUGAUAUUUUGUUUUAGUAUUCAAAUUGCCUAUGUUGAACAGGACUGUCAAACUUGGGAUAUUGCACCAGAGAAAGUAAAAGUUAAUUCCCAGAUUUUGGUGAUGCACAUGAGACAGUGUUUCUACAAUUAUUAGUUUAGGGAUAACUGUUCCUUACUUUGUUUACAAUAUUUUAUGGACAAAAUGGCCUAAGAUUUAAGAUUAUUUUUUUUCUAGUGAUAUAUUUUAAAGAAUGCGAAGAUAUGAAAUUAAAUUGUGAACAUGAUAAUAAUAUCCAUUUGUUUGCUAGUAGUUUUCUUGAACUUCGUUUGGGAGGAGCAAGUUUUAUUUUGUGCUAUAGUUGCUAUAUGCCAAUAAGCCAAUAAAUUAAUUUUGUAUUAUGUACAA